CAGCUCUUUUCUUAUCCUAAAUAGAUGACAGAGGAUUAGCUUAUGUAAUGACUGCCUUUGACAAUCAUCAUUAAAUAACAGCCACCUCCAUACAAACACGCCACAUUAUUUUGAGCUCAAAAAGGCCUCUCAGUCUUUGGGGAAACUCCUCUUUCUUCAUUGCCUAAUCUACUCUCUUACAUCCCACACUGGCACACCCACAAUUAAAACUCUUUCACUCUCUGUACAUGGACCAUGAUGAAGAUGAGGAUGUUAACUUUGCAAAGUGGAUGAGCAGUUUCUGGGGGCACAGCCUUUCAGAAGACACGGACAAGGAUCGUCGAACAAGCAGAAAAAGGCAGUCCAGAUCUUUCUGUGAGAGGCGAGCAUCUCUGCCAUGUCCGGCACAACUUUCAGUGAUGAAUCUGAACCGAAGACACUCAGCUUCCACAUCUGCAUCAUCUGUCUAUCUGAGGGGAUACAAGGAAGGUGGUGAAGAUAAAGAGGCUAGGUGCCACAUGAGAGCACGGAGAUCCUCUUCAUCAGAAGAAAGUCACCAUAAAGCUUCAAUACCAGAGAACCGCGUGAGCACCAUCCACAAACUCACAGAGUCCUUUGAGAAGAAGUUACAUUUCAGGACUCGGAAAACUGUAUCUUUGGAAGAAGAUGAGGAUCCUUGCGUGAUCUGUCAUGAUGGUCUUAAUGCAGGGAGGGUCCAGGAGUUGCAUUGCAUGCAUAAGUUUCACAAAGAGGAAGACAUCCAUCAAGCUGGUCCUUCUGUAUCAACUGUGUAAUGUGGGCAGCACUGCUGAUACUGAAGCUUUUACGAUGGCACCCUGACCUUUCUAGUAUUGGCUGACCGAUCAUCCUGGAUUUCUUUUAAUAUAUUUGUGUGUAUUCUGUGUUGUUUCCUUAAAAAAUGCCAGGCAGCCAAUUUCUACCUAUUUAUAAUAAGUAGAUGUUAAAACCCAAGAUCAUAAACUGCUGUAUAGCUGCUUGAAUAAAAUGUCAGCUCUGUCCUUUUGUAAAUAUUGUGUGCUUAAAUUACAUUGCUUUGUGUAGAUGUAAUAAAAUUGUAAUAACCUAAAUAACCUGCAGAUGAAAUAAGUUUUAAUUUCAAUCCUUUACAAAAUCCUUACACCAUGCUUAGAUAACAACAGAUUCAGGAAUAAGAAUAAGAAUUGUUCGUGACUGUGUUUAGAACCCAAAAAAACAGGCUGCUUUAUUAAGACCCACUUCAAUGUUC